AGCCAUCCAUCAAAACUCAGCGCGCGCGCGAGAUAGAAACGGAGCUCAGCCUUGGAUCAUCAAUUUCAGGGUUUCUUUAUUUCAUAAUCGGGAUUCCUUGAUUUAUCCAAAACCCUAAUUUCACGGAUCAGGUCUGAGUGUUCGAGUUGUUCAUCUCUAUCAACUAAGUUUCAUGUCUGAUCUUGAAGUCCAGAUUCCUUCUGCCUUUGAUCCGUUUGCUGAUGCAAAUGCUGAAGACGCCGGUGCCGUUGCCAAGGACUACAUUCACAUCCGUAUUCAGCAGCGGAACGGUAGGAAAAGCCUGACCACUGUUCAGGGGUUGAAGAAAGAAUUUUGCUACAACAAAAUCCUCAAGGACCUCAAGAAAGAACUUUGCUGCAAUGGCACCGUUGUCCAGGACCCUGAAUUAGGGAAGGUUAUUCAACUUCAAGGAGAUCAGAGGAAAAACGUCUGCACUUUCCUUGUCCAGGCUGGAAUUGUGAAGAAGGAUAACAUCAAAAUCCACGGUUUUUAAGUUGCAGCUGCGAGAAUUUUGGGGAG